AUGGAUGCAAAUAAGAUAUCUAAUCUCAGUGAAAAUCAACUCGGCCGGCUACCUCGGGCAAACUCACGGCCUAUCAAUAGUGACACAACCGUCGGGAGUGCCGGCGAUGUAGCUUUAUUCAACAUCGGCAUUAUUCCAGCACGAAAAGCUGUUGCAUUCUCGGUCAAAAAAGGCCAGGACAUCAAUGUGAUCAAUACUUAUGGCAAGCAAGUUGGAGAUUUCUGGGCCUUCAACCCAGACGACCCCAAUGACUUCUUGUCCAUGGUUCAUACGAGAACCGUAUUAGUCAAAAUCGCGCUGUCCAAGGGUGAUCGGUUAUACAGUACUCGGCGGAAGCCGAUGCUGACGUUGAUUGAAGACACGACUCAGGGAGUGCAUGAUAUGAUUUGGUCUGCAUGCGAUGCUGAACGGUAUCGUAUGCAAGGGUUUAAUGGGUACCAUGAUAACUGCAGGGAUAAUAUGCAUAAGGCUCUCAAAGACAACUUCCCCGAUUUCAAAAUAGCAGAAGACUGGGAUCCUGAUCCCUUGAAUUGGUUCAUGAAUGUCGCGAUUGACCAUCGUGGAGAUCUUGAUAUUCGGAAUCCUGUCAGCGAGAAGGGUCAAUAUGUCACUCUCAAAGCUGAGACAGAUCUCAUCGUCGUUAUGAGCGCUUGUCCUCAGGACAUGGCUCCUGUCAACGCAGGCAUGCCAACCGAUUGCGAAUACCUACUCAGUGAUAAAUUGACUGAUGAUCUGAGUGCUCUUGCUUUAACAUCUAUUAAACCCAGUUCGAGCCCUCGAAAAGUGAAAGUUGCAUUUUCAGUCGACUUUGAUGCUGUGUCGCACUGGUUGGGAACUGGCUGUCAUCCAGACAAUAAUAUGGAAGACUAUAGCUCAGGCAUAUUCGCCGGUCAGGUUGGCGUGCAUAGAUUGUUGGAUAUGUUUAAAAAGAAUAAGAUGGCAGAUAAAGUGACGUGGUUUAUUCCCGGACACACAGUCGAGACUUUUCCUGACUCUGCGCAGGCUGUACUAGAGUCUGGGGCAGAGAUCGGUCUCCAUGGGCACGCUCAUGAGGGAAUUUAUCAGAUGACAGAAGAACAAGAGAGAGACGUGCUCUUGAAAUGGUAA